UCGGCAGCGGCGGUUGUCAACGAAAGGGAAGUAUUGUGUAGCAACGAAUACACUUUUCUUCCGGUCAAAUUAGAUAGUUGUUGCAAAAAGAUGGCGUCACGACCAGAUCUUGGGAUUGACAUGAUAACAAAGAAACCUAGAACUCCUCGGGAUCCGUACACAACAUUAACAAAUGUACAGAAGAAAAAUAUUCCUAAGGACCCCCAAGCCUUUUUCAUGUCCAGUAGACCCGAGAGGGCCUAUCCGGAUAAAGGUUGGCACAGAGACAGAUAUGCCACGAAUACAAACCAGCACCUUCUGAGGGGACCGCCCACAACACACCCCUUCUGUUGGAUUGACAAGCAGUGGCAGAGGGACCCUCCGGAGAUGUACAACACAGCGAGACUUGGAGGGGCUGAAAGAUGGGGGCCAGAUAAAGUUGGUGAAAGAACCGUUCAACAUUUUAACAAAGCUGAAGAUCCAAAACGAUUCACAAAACCUGAAGUGUACCGGAGACACCCCACAAACAUAGCAGGGGAUGUGUGGCAGGACUAUGGCAGACCCUCAGAGGGCUACUAUGCACAAAGAAAUCCAAAUUCCCAGACGUGGUUUGGUUCAACUGUACCCCUAAACCGAACUACGAUACUUCAAGACAUACGUCCCAAAACAAUAGCUGAGUAUGCUAAGAUACGCGAGUCCAAGUCACAAGAGAUGCUGACACGUAAAACACAGUGGCCAAACUACAGUGAAUACACUGACAGAAUGCUUAUAGGCACACGGGUAGAUCCAUUAAUCAACACGUUGACCACCCGCAAAAAGAAUCUAACAGAAGCCGCACUGUGGGCCUAGAGUAGCCUCCCCUGCCCUUUCCUGGGAUUAUGUGACUACCACCAUCAAUUAUCAGAAUUUCAUCAGGAGCAUGUUUUGUAGGAACACAUUUAUGAAAUAGUAUGUUUUUGCACGUGGGUGAAAAUAAGAUUACCUUCAUCCAUUUGAUGACAAUUGACAAAUUGCGAAUACUGAGAAUAAUUCAACACGUACUUGAAUGUCUUUUUUGGCAUGCAGUUUUGGAUAAGCUUUAAUUUUGUUCCCUUGCUGUGAUAUUUCCACUUUCCAAUUCAUUGACAUUUCAAAAUUGAGAUCUUAUUCUGCAUACUUUUGUGAAAAAUAUUAUCUGACACCUCUCCAGUAUAGCACAUGUCUUAUUGAAUAGAGUCAUGUAUGAGCCAUUUCUCACUCUUUCAAUGGUUACUCAUUUUCGUAAUUCACCAGGUGCAUGUUUUGUGUGCUCGAAUGCACGAAAAUUAAAAUAAGUAAUAUGUUAUAAAUACAUGUUUUGUCAUAUGCCAAAAAGGCAUGAAUCACUCAGUCACUGCCCCCAGUCGUAAUGCUGUGUUGUCACUAUCAUCACAGGUAUUAAGUUGUUUAAACAGCCUGUUCAUGUUUGUGUUGCUGUUUUAUGAAAAAACAUUGAAGACAACAAUAUUGUAAAUUGAUAAAUUUGUGAUGAAGACUUUGGCUGAUUUACAGACUUAUUUUCACUGGUUGUAUGCAUAUUGAGAAUUUAUUAGUUAUUAAAAGUAGCUUGACGGAAACAAAAAAAGCAUUUUUGUAAGAUAGAUGUAAGUAUACAUUGACUAACACUUGUUGCAUAGUAUCAUAAUGGAAUAAUUGACAGAUAUACAGGUGACAAAACAUUUUAUAAAACUAUGCAUUCAGUUUGAUAUUGAUUUUUGUGCCAACUCGUAUUAUCUUUCCAGAUAAUACAUUUAGAGUAAAAAAUAUAAGUAAUCAAUUAUCAUUUGUAAUUGGGUUAUGGAUCUAAUAACUGUGUAUAUAUUGCAUUGCAUAGGUAUUAACAUAUAUUAAUCAAAACUAUUUACUUUAUACUACAUCUGUGAUAGCUUUAAUUCUUGUUUUCUGUUGUAGAUAUUUUUAAUUUUAAUGUGUGUAUUUUGUGAAAUUUUGUCACUCUUGUUUUAUUGUAUAAUGUGUUUAUAUUUUAUGUAGUUUUAAUUAUAUAGUUAGUGUAUUAUGAGCCAGCAUUAUAUAUAUUUAUCUUGGGAGUAAACUCGUUGAAAACUC